AUGCGGAACCGCUACGAACUGCGCGGGUUGCUGGGCGUCGGCAGUUACGGUCGCGUUUGGGCCGCGUACGACCGCGUUCUGAAAAAGUUGGUCGCGGUGAAGCGAAUCAACAAGUUGUUUAGCGACUUGACUGACUGCAAACGAAUUUUGCGGGAAAUCUGCAUCUUGAACCGGCUGCCGAACCACAACAACAUUGUGAAGCUGCUGGACUGUUUCAUUGACGAAGAACAGACGAUUGAAAACUUCGACACGUUGUACUUGGUGAUGGACAUUUCGGACUCGGACCUGCGGAAAAUCUUGAAGCAGAACGUGUACUUGACGGAGAUGCACGUGCUAACACUCAUGUACCACUUGCUUUGCGGAAUCUUGUACCUGCACUCUGCCGGCAUCUACCACCGCGACUUAAAGCCGGCGAACUGCCUGGUGAAUCAGAACUGCACGGUCAAAAUCUGCGACUUGGGUCUGGCGCGCACCAACCAACUGACCUCCCACGUGGUCACUCGUUGGUACCGCGCGCCGGAGCUGAUUUUGCUGCAGCCUAACUACGACGAAAAAAUUGACGUGUGGAGCAUCGGUUGCAUUUUCGGCGAGUUGUUAGCGUGA